AUGAUCUAUUCAAUGGCUACAGACGAACCAUCGAAGCUCGAUGCGCCCUCAAUCGCUGAACGGGAUGCCUUACAGAAGCGGGAGUCUGGAGUAACAGAGAACUCGCCUAUGCGAUUGCGUAUGGAAGAAUUCAUAAAGGAACAGCAGAAAGAGAUAGUCCGAGAGCUUGAGAAGGUCGAUGGCAAGAAAUUUCGAGUCGAUACCUGGACACGCGAGAAUGGCGGGGGUGGCAUAUCAAGUGUCUUGCAAGAUGGAAACGUCUUCGAAAAAGCUGGAGUAAAUAUCAGUAUCGUAUACGGGACCCUUCCGCGACCGGCUAUCGAGAAGAUGCGAGUGAACCACAAAGCCAUCGACCCCAAUGUUCAAUCUUUGGACUUCUUUGCGGCUGGCCUAAGUAUGGUGCUCCACCCAAUCAAUCCAAUGGCACCGACUGUCCACCUCAACUACCGCUACUUUGAAACUGCAAACCCAGAUGGGACGUCGAACGCGUGGUGGUUUGGUGGGGGAACAGAUCUGACGCCGAGCUACCUGUUUGACGAAGAUGCUAUCCAUUUCCACAAGACUAUUAAAGAGGCAUGCGACAAACACGACAAGGAAUAUUAUCCACGCUUCAAGAAGUGGUGUGACAACUAUUUCGUCAACAAACAUCGCGGUGAAGCCCGUGGUAUCGGAGGAAUUUUCUUCGACGAUCUGGAUGAACAGGAGAAGGAUCAGGAGAACACGUUUGCCUUCACACAAAGCGGACUAAAGGCUUUCCUCCCAUCAUACAUUCCGAUCAUCAUGAAGAGAAAAGACAUGCCAUAUACAGAAAAGGAGAAGCAAUGGCAGCAGAUCCGUAGAGGCAGAUAUGUGGAAUUCAAUCUGGUACAUGAUAGAGGAACGGCGUUUGGAUUGAACACUCCUAGUGCCCGAGUCGAAGCUAUCUUGAUGAGCUUACCCUUAACAGCAAGUUGGCGAUACAUGUUCGAGCCUGAGAAGGGUAGCAGGGAACAAAGACUGGUGGACGUCCUACGGGAGCCCAGAGAAUGGGUGUAG